UGCUGCUGAUGCUGAUGCUGCUGCUGCUGCUGCUGUUGAUGCUACGGCUGGAUACAGAAACAGCGUGCCUAAACGACAACAGGAUGCAGAAUUGACGCAAAAGAAGCGCGUUAGAAACGCGCACGUUUUUUUAUAAGGCAUGUUUGUUCAGGAGCGAGACAAAAUCCGAGGAGAUGUGGUCAAGCAGAAAACCCAUCGAUGCUCUUCUGUCGCCCACUGGUUCCUCCAUCCUGCUCCCAGAGAGUCGCCCUUGAUAUAGGAGCAAGCCUUCAGAUCUACAGACAUGAACACCGCAGUGUGUUUUCUGCACAAACCCAAAGCGAGGCUGGCGCGUGUGUGCGCCGCGCUGCUGUGGCUGCAUGCGUCCUGGUGGACGGUGUGCGCGUUUGGGGACGAGGAUCAAUUCAGCGCCGAGGUUUGGUUACAGAGGUACGGCUACCUCCAGCCCACGCAGCCUAAUAUGGCCGCCUUGCACUCGGCUGGGAGCAUGCAGUCAGCCAUCGCCACCAUGCAGCGUGUCUACGGCCUCAACGUCACGGGACAUCUAGACCUCAGCACUGUAGAGUGGAUGAAGAAGCCCAGAUGUGGAGUCCCGGAUCAGGUGAGGAGACAGUCAGGCUCACAGUCACGGACUCGUCGCUACGCGCUCACGGGACAGAAGUGGCAGCGUACACACAUCACAUACAGUAUAAAGAAUGUGACCCCUAAGGUGGGCGCGCGGGAGACUCAUGAAGCCAUCCGGAGGGCAUUUGAUGUGUGGCAGAGCGUUACGCCGCUGAACUUCGAGGCCGUGCCCUACAGCGCGCUGGAGAGCGGUAAGCGCGAUGUAGACAUCACCAUCAUCUUCGCAUCCGGUUUCCACGGUGACAGCUCUCCGUUUGAUGGAGAGGGAGGCUUCUUGGCUCACGCAUACUUCCCUGGGCCUGGGAUAGGGGGUGACACACAUUUCGACUCUGAUGAACCCUGGACCCUGGGAAACCCCAACCAUGAUGGGAAUGACCUGUUCUUGGUGGCCGUCCAUGAGCUGGGCCACGCUCUGGGUCUGGAGCACUCCAAUGACCCCACUGCGAUAAUGGCUCCGUUUUACCAGUACAUGGACACAGAGAGCUUCAAACUGCCUCAUGAUGAUCUACAAGGCAUCCAGAAAAUAUAUGGUCCUCCGGAUAAGAACCCUCAGCCAACACGGUUGCUCACGACAGCGCCCCCUCCUCGGCUGCACCCUCCGUCUGACCCUCGGAAGCAUGACCGUCAGAGCCGUCCUCACCGGCCGCCUCAGAAAUCCAAACCCUCCAACCCCAACUCCAAACCUAACAUCUGCGAUGGAGGCUUCAACACACUGGCAAUCCUGCGCCAAGAGCUGUUCGUUUUCAAGGAUCAGUGGUUCUGGAGGGUACGUGACAACUCGGUGGUGCCUGGCUACCCCAUGCAGAUCAGCUACUUCUGGAAGGGGCUGCCCCCUAAGAUCGACGCCGUCUACGAGAACAGCGAGGGCAAAUUUGUCUUCUUCAAAGGCCAUCGCUUCUGGGUGUUCAAGGACACCACUCUGCAGCCCACGUACCCUCAGGACAUCUCACUGUUCGGCAGUGGGAUGCCAUCUCAGAACAUUGAGACGGCUGUGUGGUGGGAGGAUGUGGCCAAAACCUAUUUUUUUAAAGGGGACAGGUACUGGAGGUACAACGAGGACAUCCGUAGUAUGGAUCCUGGUUAUCCCAAACCCAUCACCAUUUGGAAAGGUAUCCCAGACUCUCCACAGGGUGCCUUUGUGGACAAGGCUAAUGGCUUCACGUAUUUCUACAAAGGAAAAGAGUACUGGAAGUUCAACAACCGGAGGCUGCGGGUAGAACCGGGGUACCCCAGGUCCAUCCUGCGAGAUUUCAUGGGCUGUGAUGGCCUGCCUUCGGACCCCGACUGGGACUGGCGGCCACCGCAGGAUGACGAGUUGCCGAAUUACGAGCACGACGACGUGGAUAUCGUGCGUAAACCUGAGAGCACGGGUGGCACCGAAAAGGCUGUGGCCAUUGCCAUACCCUGCGUGCUGGCCCUAUGCCUCAUGGUCCUACUGCACACUGUUUUCCGGGUCAAGCGUAAGGACACCAAGCGACACAUACUGUACUGCAAGCGCUCCAUGCAGGAAUGGGUUUAAGAACUGGGGGAUUCUGACUUCCCCAUUCCAAGACAUGUGGGAUGUACCAUUGUGUCUUACCCGAGGGGUGGUGUUGAACCUCUUUCUCUCAUGGGAGGCAGGAGGAAAGGAAUGGACAGCAUGCCCACGUCCUAAUUGUGGUGUGUCUGCUCUUCCCAGGAGCUCCGUGUCGUUAUGUGUGUGUCAUGUCAGGCUCCGUUGCCGGCUGUCCGCAGCCCGUUUGAGACUCGAUCCGUUACGGACCUAAAAAGUCGAUAAAUAAAAGAAACUUGAUAAAUAAAAGAAUCGCUACAGGACGGACCUCUUCAAAUGAAAAUACGUUAUGUAUAUCCUACUACUUAUAUCAGCUUCACGUAAAGUGCGGACUCUUACGUUGCACCACAAUCCUUAUGUUUUAAGACCUGAUAUUCAAACCAAAACACCCUUGGUUUCCAAAGACAAUUGUUUUUUCCUUCAUGUCUAAUAUUUUUAAAAGCAUAGAUCUCAGUUUGAGGAGUUUCUUCAGGGUUUAUGCGUUUUAUCAUUCCAUCAUCAGCUUUCACUGACUUUAUCUGCAAUAUUUGGUUGAAUGCCUUAAGAACAAAGUUACAAUAUUUCUUUUGCAGUGUGUUUGUGUGUGUGUGUGUGUGUGUGUGUGUGUGCGUAUGCGCAUAUGUGUGUGUGAUAAGAGGUGGCCGAUCUUGUAACCUACAGUCAAGUGCAAAAGUUUGCAUACCCUUUGGGCCAAAAUGAAAAAGCGAUCCAUCAUCCAUCCGUCAUAAAUCUGUUAGAUAACAAUCCUGUAAUUUGUUGUGUUCUUAUGGGAAAUGUUGUAAACAUCAGAGGUACAAAAGUCCAGCCAACUUCUUUGAAACUUUAUCCAAUGGAAAAUUGUCUUAAUCUCAAGAAACAUUUCAAACAUAAGUGAAACCAUAGUUUUAUUUUGUCUUCGAGCUGCAGAAACAGGGAUGUACUCGUUCUCUGGUCGUAUUCGUUUCUCCACACGCAAGCACUUUCAGGGUGCGGAUAUCACACAUCAGGUGCUAAACUGAUCAAUUUACAUAGGAUCUGCACUGUAGUUUUGUAUUUUCAGGUUAUUUAGGAAUAAAAAAACAGAAAGCAUGUUAUAUCCUGAUUAGAUCCGGCAGUUUUUUACUGGUUCUGUCCAAAUGCUUCAGCAUGAAGAAGAAUUUCAUUUCCAGGAUUUCCCUAAUCAUUCUUUUUAAAAAAUAGUCAAUUAGUGUUCAAUAAUAAAAAAUGUAAAUGAUGUAAACAUACACAUCGUAUUUCUUCACAUUAGGAAUUGAUUUAAAUUUUUUUGUUAUUUUAUAAUUCAGUAUUUUUGGGUUUCUGUCUUUUUCUCUUUUUUUUUUUUUUUUUUUUUACCUGAGACUUUUUCACUCAUAAUCUAUGGGGAUACAGACUUUUGCACUCAACUGUAUAUUUUUCUCUGCUCUACUCGCCAUAACGCUUUAAACAAAACAAAACAAAAAUACAGCUUUUUUUGUUUGUUCUAGGAAAGGUCUUCCAGGUUAAAAUGUAAAAGAAACAGUGGAAAUCCUACAUGUUGUUUAGCCUUCUGAAUAAUCUAAUAAUCUAAUAAUAUGAUAUACUUUUAACAUUAUGUAGAAUACAGACUGUCAGAAAAAAAGUAACCAUGUAGAAACGUAGGACCCGUUAAAGUUAGCGUAGCUCGGGGUGCACUAUGUUUCGGUGAGACGUUGCACUGAAACUAAACUAACAUUACAGUAAUAUUAACAACACUAAUUCUAAAAUUAAAAAGUACUAAGCUUUGGCGUAUAUGACUUUAUUAUAGAUUUAUACCGAGGCUGGUCUAGUGACUGAAAAAAAACUGCUUGAUGAAAUCAAGAGUCUAAGAGCAAAAUAAUAAUAAUAAUAAUAAAAAAAAAGUGAGAGAUAUUUUUUUAAGUUACACUUAAACAAAUGGUUCGACCUGUUUGUCUGUUUUUCAUUCAUCCCUUCUUUUGCUGUUUUAAUGGUAGAUCUCUGACAUCCUCACAAGUCAUUAAUGUUCUCCAGGAUUCAUUAAUGAAGCAGUGGGGGUCGUGUGGCUGCUGUUAAAACUCUUCAGCGUGCGUCACUGGCACUAGGUCCAAUCCAAUUAACAACUUCUUGAGUCGUGAGAUCGCACGCUGAUGGAACACACAGACGUCACAUUGUUACUGAGAUGGCAGCUUUCUGAACUCUGCCCUUGGAGACAUGAUGUAUAU